AUGGAGUCGCGGGAGCAAGUCGGCCCGGCUUUGGGAGGUGAAGUCAUCCAUCCCUCAGUUCAACCUCCGACAGCCGCCCGUCGUCUGCAUCAACGUCGCAUGCGCCUUGCCGACAACGCUGCGGGUGCAUACAUCCAUGACCUCCUCGAGCCUUGUGACCUUGGGCGUGCUCUUUCAUCAUUGAAUGCCGCCUCUGCCGUGAACUCGCGCUCGGCAGUGCCAUUUUCCACCUGUCGCUCGUUACUGGAUUCCACCACUUCGUACGCGAACUCGAGGAGCUUACGAAUUUUGAGUUUGACGUAUUUCGACUGUGUUGAGAAGCUGAAGAAGAAGAAGAUAUACCUCGUUAUUGGCAGUCGCGCAUCGAAUUUGUGCUUGGGAGUGGUAGGCGACGAAGUGUCCAGUGCGAGAGAGCCACGGAGAAGGCGCAUUGUACCAGUCAAGGCGCAGAAUGAGAAGUGGCAGCUAUGGUAUGGAUAUACAGUGACAAAUCGCCAUCGCCCGGCUCAUGAAACUGACACUCGGCAGGGCUGCUGUCAAUCCACAAGCAACACCUCCCCCUACGAAUCUCCUCGACCCUCUGCGGCGCCUGGCCAUGACCCUUCCCUCCCACGAGACUCUUCUCGCGCCGCGAUAACCCAAUCAUCCCGUUCUCUACGCCGUGAUGGCGACUCACAACAUCCUACCAGCUCGACUCUUCCCCCGAAUCACCGAAUAAGAGCACCCUCGCCCCUGAAUCGAAGUCCAAAGAAUGUGAGCAACAUGCCCCCACCAUGGACUCGAAGUCACCUAGAACGAGAAAGAGAGGCCUUCUUCGAGACACGGGUCACAGGACGAUCAGAAGUAUGGAAUGCAUUGGACAUCGCAUGCCAGAUGAUCAGGAGCGGGGAAUUGGCCGAGGCGCAGGGCAUUCUGGAUGCAGUGGGGGCUACUGUGCCGACUGGAAAGGUGUCAAGGGGAAGGGGAAGAGACAGACUUCGUGGAGGGGUGUAUGAUGAGAAGGGAGCGUUGUAUGAGAUCCCGGAUUGGAUCGUCGCAGAUCCGAGGGAUUUAAUCGAGGACGCGGGAACAGAGAAGGAGAUCGAUGGCGAGAAUGACGACGAGGAUGAUGACGAGGACUGGGAGGGCGGCGUACCUGUCGAUUCUUCAGCAGAAGAUAAAGAGGUCGUCCGACCCAAAGGCAAAGGCCGCGCAGAGGACAUCGGCGACGAAGUCAAACUCCGAGCCCGCCUCUCGGAUCGAGGCACCGAUGUCGAAGUCACUCUCGGGUCGAAACAACCCGUUCGAAUAGCCCUCCAAAGAAUCCGAGAACAAACAGGCGUCAACCGCGUCAGGCUGGUCUACAUGGGCAAGCCGAUGGAGGAAGGUCGAACCUUGGCAGACUGUGGAUGGAGAAGUGGACAGGUGGUGAAUGCGUUUGUGUUUGAAGGAGAUGAAAAAUUCAUCCUCGAGAAGACAAAGGGAUCGAAGGGGAGGUGA